AUGGAUCGCCUCUCGACUGAGCUCCUCUCCAUGAUCGCAGCGGAGGCUGCUGCGUGUGGACCGCAAAUUGACAUCAACACCGUCUUCGACGUCUGGGACUCUAAUGACACGUUGAAGACCCCCCGGACGUUAUCUCGACACAAUUCCCUUGCCCCAUACGCCGCCGUCUCACACAAUUGGCAGCUCGCCUUUGAGCCGUUCACUUUCCAUACCCUUGUCAUCUCGCCCAAGAGGCUGAUUGAAGCGGCACAGCACGGGUAUCUCACUGAACGGCGCCUGGGGUAUGUUCGCUUCAUCGCUGUUCUCAUCGCCUUUCCCCUUCCGCGACCAUGGGAUACUCCCAUCAUUUUCCCUCCUGGACUUGAUGUAAGAGGGGACUUUUUGAGAGCUAGAGAUGAUGCAGGCUAUGUCUCAUCUGAGGAUGAGUUCGAAGAACAUGAAGGCGAUGGCGAUGGGGACUAUGUCACUAGCGUGAUUGACUUUCCCCACCCGAGAGACAGAGGCUACGAUAGAGUGUUCGCCAAGAUCAUGAGAAUCCUCUUCAACGCCCUCAAAUUGGCUCCUGUCCACGAGAAUCAGGAACCGUACAUCGAUAUACGGUUCGGAUUCCCAAUCCCCCGGGAAUUUGGACUGAGUCGGAUGUCCAGCCCUGAAGAGAUGGAAGCAAAUACCCUAGAGGGUCCCUGGCUUACAACUAUCUAUUUUGAUAUGAACCACAACGGCGAGGAACUACCAGAAUUACCGUCCAUAGCUUCGUGCAGUUUUGAACUCGUCUCAUGGAGUUUAUGCUUCGAACCUCACACGGCAUGCAUCCUUGCAAGCAAGAUGCCACAUCUGAAGAAGCUCAAACUUCACCUCAGCGAUAGAGAAUUGAAAGACCCAGGUCUCAGGAUUGAUAUGAGAAAGAAUCCAGACGAAAACUGCGAUCACCUCAGCCAAGCUCUCUUCAACUUCUCGCAGCGAGAGAACAUUACGCGAUUCUCGGCCGAGGGCAGUUUCGAACUGAGUGUAAUGGGCCCAUCAGAAGAAGCUCUGUCUAGCUGUCCAGGCUGGUCCAAACUCGAAACCUACAAGAUCGGGUUUCUCGCCAUCGCCCCCACUGGAAAGUGGCUUGCGGUGCCCUAUAAGGACGGUCCGAACACUGACAUCUUCAAAACCAAACGAUGGGGCCCACCGAGUGGGCGGCCGCGAGGUUAUUACUCAAAUUUCAACGUCAAUGAAUUCAGAGGUCCGAUUGAUCCAGACUAUGCACACGAACUCCUCUGUGCAGCCGGGCAGGCAGCUUCUCAUAUGCCCAGGCUACAACGAAUGGUCAUCAAUGUCGGAGUGAUCGGGAGCUACAGGGUCUCUUACGACAGCGCCUCUUACAACAGCGCCAAAGUCGAGCCGUGUAUGAGAAUCGUCGGAAAGAAGCUGCAGCCGCCGGAGGAAGACAUGCUUCGAAUUUGGCGUCGCGUAGCGUGUGAGCACGAUCAUAAGCUUGUCCUUCGCUGGAAGGACACAGCCAGGAUAAAAACGAGAAUCGAGGAUUUUGAAUAA